UCAACAAAACGAAGUAUCUAUUUAUAGAUGUGUGACAAAUUUAAAUAUUUUUACCUGCUAAACACACACCUGGGUUAUCAUUUAUGUCAAAUAAAUAAUAUGUGUAUACACAUGAUAACGUUGUAAAUUGUGAAAUAUUUCUCUACGCUUAAUGGACAUAAAUACGGACAAUUUAAUGCGUUUAUAAGGUUAACUGGACAACAAGGAUGAUAUAAUCAAGCUAUUGAAUGCAUCUGCAUGAUCUGGCAUAACGAAAUCUAACACUACAGGUACUAAACCAGACGAUGGACAGAAAAAUAUGUCGCGAAAGCUAUUAGGGGCGGGCGAAGGGGUUGUUAUAUGCAAUUUAUUUAGGUUACGUUGUCGAAAGUUUUCAGCUGUAAAUCUUCUGAAUGGGAACCUCGCCAUGAUAACCCCUCUGAAACUAGUGAAAACACUGUUAAGGCAUUAAAGUACGGUAACUAUGUCAUUCGGGAAGAAAGACGCUGACCCGGAGUGGCCUACCUUUGACAACGGGGAUGUCCAAGUGAGCUAUUCGCCUAACGGGGAAAAUGAAAGCAUCUUCACAGACUUUAAACCGGCCACAGAGUUUCACAAUAUCAGAAACAAGAAAAGAAAAUCGAAAAAGAAAGCACGGGCGCUCAGAUUAAUCUCUGAGUCAGAGGUUAAUCGUAAGAACCAGUCUUGCUUCCAAGACCGGAAGCGGUGUGUCGUCAUUUCCGUCCUAACUGCAUGUGUCAUUAUUAUCGUUGCCAUCUGCAUUUUUCUAGGUGUUUACUUUGGUGUCAUUGUUAAAAGCAAGGCAUCAAGUGCUGCGUCACAUAGUGACAGUUCUGUCGAUGUUGUAACUUUAUCAACAACAAAAGCACCACCGCCGGCCACAUCAAAAGUUAACACAACACCACCAUCUCGUACAACGUUACCUCCUACAACAAAGCCCAUGACGCGCCCUUUAACAACAUCUACGUCGACAUCUACAACAACAACUUCUACUUCAACAACAACAACAACCACCACAACUACUACCACCACAACAACGACGACGCCGGCGCCAACGGAGCCACCGGUCCGGCAAUUUUCUGGAAGUCAAGAAGAUAUUGAUGCCGUCGUAGCUACGGCAAAGAAUUGCACAGAGAAGAUAAUAUAUACCACAGACAGACUGACGCAGAAAGAGAAAUGCAGUAAGUAUUACGAGAUGCUGCGAUGUGUGUACAUAAUAAGCACAAAGGACCAACUUCACAUUCCAGUUGAUACUUUAGGAACAGUGAUAGAGAAUAAAAAAGAAACAGUAUUUCCGGCAUGGAUUGUUAUAGACCCAUUUUCUUGUAGAGUGUCUGGUGUACUCGAUAUAGAAAAUAUAACCAUGUUGCCUCUGACCCCAGCUGAACUGUGUUCGAGCCCAGAUGCCAUCAUGUACUACGGCACACUCGCUUGUGACAUGGUGCAGUAUCCUGACAUCCUUGCUCAGAAAUCUGCCGAGGAUCAGUGCAGAGUCCGAUGGGGUGUCAUUGGAUGUGUGUCAAAUGCCAUGUCAUGCCAGUACGAAGAGAUUGAGUCGGUUGUAAAUAUGUACGAGACUGACGUUUCUAGCAGUCUGCAAACCGCCAAACGGUCUUUAUGCGAUGAUUUGUAUACAAGUAUAUCCCAAGCGUCUCCAUGUGGUUUGACGUUGUACAAAUAUAUGAGACCUAUAUAUAGAAAGUGUUCUCAAGUGUUACAACUAGGGAGUGUGCUAGACUUAGAACAAAUGAAAUGCCCAUUAUUUGACGUGUAUUUUGAGUGCAGCUAUACCUAUAUACCGUCUCUGAUGCGAUAUAGGCAAUGCAGUUCUGUGAAGAAUGACCUUCGUUCAGCGGCCUUAAACAUUGUUAGUACGUUGUCCAUGGUCAAUGUUAGCCCCAAGGGUUUGUUAGAUGCAUCAUCUUGUGUAGACACACCAGUUGCGCCUACCUAUAUAUGUGAAUCUCCCGAGAAACUUGUGACAGUAGUUGAUACGAAAUGCUACACAAAAUUCUACUACGCCGGAGAUAAUCCUAUUUGCCAAACCCUCAGUGAGUAUAUAUACCAGUGUGGUCCACAGUAUCUGGAGGCACUUGGUGUAAAAUGCACAGCUAGUCAUAUCAAAGAUGCAAUGAUUAGAGAAUCAGAACUGAUUUUAGCGAGCUACUAUGUGGACGUGUCUGCUCUAGCUUCCAACGAUACGUGUAUUGAACCUGUUUAAAACGGACGAAUACUCAAAACAUUAGUUACCUAAUCUGAAAUAGCCAAGCUUGAUGUUCGUGACUGACACAAUAGAAAAAAAUGGACAUCAUUGACAGGGCUACCUAGAGCAAUCAUCGCUAAUGACCAGUGUUCAUUAAAAAAAAAGGAAUAUUUUGUCAUGUUUUGGUAAUUUGUGUGUCGUGACUGAUCAUUAUGUAAAUGUCAGAUGACGUGAUAAUGAAGGAAGCAACGUCUUAUUCUCACAGAUGAUCUAGGUUUUGAAUGUAUUUGACAUACUUAUAAGCAUUUAACUAGAGAUUUUGUGUUGCUUUUGUUCCAGACAAAAGAGCUUUCACUUAAAAGAGAAACUGAUAAAUUCAAUUUUAUAAAAUAUUUUGAAUUUAUUGUUUCAUUCCAGCUAACCUUGUUGAUGCUUGAUAAUAAUUGAUAUACGGUUGUGUUUUAACAUGCUUAAAUUUCCUCAUUUUAUGCAUUUUAUUAUUGUAUUACUUGCAUUUUUUGUUCCGGUUGUUGAACAUAUAGUAUUUGAACUGUCCAUUAGUCAGCAUGAUAUGGAAAUCUUCAUAUUGUUUGGACAUUCAUAUACGUCUUUUUACUUAUAUCUUUUUACUGUUCUUCAACACUGAAAAAUAUUUCAGCUACAUCAGAACUCUUCCAGCAGUUUCUAUCGAACUAAAAUGAAAAUUGGCAUACACCAUCAUCAUGAAGUGGAUAUGCGCAAAUGUUUUAGACUUUUAUGUCAUUUCUUUUGCUUCUGCAUUGUAGCCCUUUAUGACAUUGCAGUAUUAUAACUACAUCAUAACAUUGUUAACUCAGCUCCUCCUACAGUUUCCAGUUGGAUGAAAGAUGGUGUACAUCAUUGACGUAAAGGCAUUAUAAUUAUGUGUAAUCAACUCCUCCUUCAGUUUUCCAUCCAAUUCAAAUGAAUUAGUAAAAAUCAUCAACAUUAAGUAGACAAACUCAGUUUUUAGCUCCACUAUUCGGAGAACAGGGGGGCUAUUCUACUUGUCCCGGCGUCGGCGUCCUCGUGAGCUUUCUUGGUUAAAGUUUUUCGGCAACCUUUGUUUUUCUGUCAUAUCUUUGUUACUGUUGCUUAUAUCUUACUGUAACUUCACAUAAACAUUGUCCAGCAUACAAACAAAGUAUGUGCAGGGGCUGGGCCCAUUAUACAUAAGGUGAAGGUCACCAAGCUGUUAUACUUAGAUUAUUUUUAAGGUUAAAGUUUUCGGCAACUUUUGUUUUUCUGUCAUAUCUUUGUUACUAUCGUUUAUAUCUUACUGUAAGUUCACAUAAACAUUGUCCAUCACACAAACAAAGUAUAUGCAGAGGCUGGGCCUAUUAUACCUAAGGUCAAGGUCACCAAGGUGUUAUACUUAGGUUAAUUUUUAGGUUAAAGUUUUUCGGCAACCUUUGUUUUUCUGUUAUAUCUUUGUUACUAUUGCUUAUAUCUUAAUGUAACUUCACAUACACAUUGUCCAGCAUACAAACAAAGUAUGUGUUGGGUCUUGGCCUAUUAUACCGAAGGUCAAGGUCACCAAGGUGUUAUACCUGGAAUUAUAUUCAUGUUAAUUUUUCGAAAACUUCGUUUAUAGACAUAUCUUUGGUACUUUAAAAGAUAUUGACUUGAAAUUAAACAUAUUUCUUUAUAAUCAUCAUGUGCAUGUGUAGUUACAAUCCCCAUAACUCUAAUUGUAUUUUAAAAAGAAUUAUGCCCCUUUCAUACUUAAAGUUUUUGGCAAUCUUUGCUUUCUGGAUAUAACUUUAGUACGGUAUAAGGUAAUGACUUGAAACUUAAAAUGUAUCUUUAUCAUCAUCCUCUGCAUGUGUGGUAACAAUUCCCAUAACUCUGAUUUGUAUUUUUGACCAGAUAAUGCCCCUUUCAUACUUACUUUUUUUGACAAAACUUUGUUUUCUGGACAUAACUUUGGUACUAUAUAAGAUAAUGACUUGAAACUCAAAGUAUAUCUUUACCAUCAUCAUCAGUACCCCUUCCUUACUUGACUUUUAACACCUCUGAAUAGUAGGGUCAUUUUAUAUCUUGGUGUAUCUUCCUUUUAAAGUAGAGGUCUCUUAUUGAGACAUAAAUUCAUUUUACUGUCAAAUCGCCGAAUAGUGGAGCGCACUGUCUUACGGACAGCUCUUGUUCUGCUUUAGAUCUACCACUUUUUGUACUUUAUAGUAUUAUUCUGUGGGGAUGUGAGUAUGUGUGAAACAAUCAUUCUUGUUUUAACAUUCAGGGAAGUCGCCAUAAUUUUAUUCCUUAACUUUUUGAUUUUAGAAGAUACGAUGAAAUGAACUGUGCAGAUUUGAAUAAGUGUCUGCCAGUGGAGUCAAAGAUUUUGUUCUGGAUGUAAAAAGUUAAAUAUGGUGCUAUAAUCUUGCCUAGGUGAACACUUCAGUUUCCUUUCCUUUCGGAAAAAAUAGUAGCUAUAGAGUUGUAUGAGCAGAUAUGACACGGACCGAAUAAAACCACGGGUAGCGUGACUCUUGCUUUAUUGUGUGUACCUGGAUAAAUAUGUUCAAGUGCCAAAUUAAUAUAGACUGAAUUCAGACCGGAGAACUCCACAAGAAAUACAGAUUAUGUUAACUGACUGCCGUUGCGUAAUUAAAAUACUGUUGAAAAACAGACUAAGUCUUAAAGCCCAGUUAAACAAGCGGCAAACAAUAUUAGCCUAACAUGGUUCACCAGUCUCUGUACUCGAUCUGAUAAAUAAGAUUGGUCAGCAAACUGCCCAACGAAAAUUUCGUUUUAAGGAUGGUACCCUUGGGACUUACGUUCAUGUAAAUAAAUACAAGAGCAAUAACUGCAUUUAAAUUUUGGUUGUAUUUCACGACUGAUGAGAAUAAUUAACUGGAAUAUCAUUAACAAUCAAUAAAAUUGUUGUCGCACCAUGUCCUUUUUAAAUAUCAAUGUAUUAAUAUGUUAUACUGCAUAAUUAGGAUUACAUAAAACAGUUUUUAUGCCCCCGAAGGGAGGCAUAUAGUUUUUGAACCAUCUGUCUGUCGGUCUGUCGGUCUGUCAGUCUGCCCGCAAUUUUCGUGUCCGGUCCAUAUCUUUGUCAUCCAUGGAUGGAUUUUCAAAUAACUUGGCAUGAAUGUGUACCACAGUAAGACGACGUGUCGCGCGCAAGACCCAGGUCCGUAGCUCAAAAGUCAAGGUCACACUUAGAUGUUAAAGGUCAUUUUUCAUGAUAGUGUAUUCGUGUCCGGUCCAUAUCUUUGUCAUCCAUGGAUGGAUUUUCAAAUAACUUGGCAUGAAUGUGUACCACAGUAAGACGACGUGUCGCGCGCAAGACCCAGGUCCGUAGCUCAAAGGUCAAGGUCACACGUAGACGUUAAAGGACAUUUUUCAUGAUAGUGCAUUCGUGUCCGGUCCAUAUCUUUGUCAUCCAUGGAUGGAUUUUCAAAUAACUUGGCAUGAAUGUGUACAACAGUAAGACGACGUGUCGCGCGCAAGACCCAGGUCCGUAGCUCAAAGGUAAAGGUCACACUUAGACGUUAAAGGUCAUUUUUCAUGAUAAUGCAUUCAUGUCCGGUCCAUAUCUUUGUCAUCCAUGGAUGGAUUUUCAAAUAACUUGGCAUGAAUGUGUACCACAGUAAGACGACGUGUCGCGCGCAAGACCCAGGUCCGUAGCUCAAAAGUCAAGGUCACACUUAGACGUUAAAUGUCAUAUUUCAUGAUAGUGCAAUGAUGGGCAUGUCCGGUCCAUAUCUUUGUCAUUCAUGCAUGGAUUUUAAAAUAACUACGCAUGAAUGUUUGGCACAGUAAGACGACGUGUCGCGCGCAAGACAAAGGUCCGUAGGUCAAAGGUCAUAAACUCUAACAUCGGCCAUAACUAUUCAUUCAAAGUGCCAUCGGGGGCAUGUGUCAUCCUAUUGAGACAGGUCUUGUUUAUUAAUAUAUUGUAUAUAUUUUUUUAAUAUAAUCAAGUGUCCAAGAAAUGUUGACAUAUGUUUUAUUUUGAAUAAAAUUUACUUUUA